GCUCACGCCGCUGUCACUGCUGUCUUCCCAGUGUUGGAUGUCUCGCGAAUGAAUUCUGGGUUAAAAUCGUGAAAUAAAAUUUGGUUUUCAAUACAAUUUAUGGAGCGUAAUGCUCAGAGCUGUCGAAACAAUUAAAGAUUUUAUUGUAUCGGUGCUAAAGUGGCCGUUUAAAAGUGGAUAUUGAAAAUUAAUAAAGUUUUACUGCCGGACCAUGACAUGAGUGCAACAAUAUUUUGGUAUAUUGUGAGGGAAUAAUUAUCGGUUUUGCACGAUGGUAUUUGAAUCUAUUGUGGUGGAUGUUCUCAACCGUUUUCUUGGGAACUAUGUGGAGAAUUUGAACAGGUCACAAUUGAAGUUGGGAAUAUGGGGUGGCGACGUCGUUCUGGAGAAUCUGGUGCUGAAGCAGAAUGCGCUGGAAGAACUAAAUAUACCAGUUCAAACUGUAUAUGGACAUUUGGGGAAACUGGUGCUGAAAAUACCAUGGAAGAAUCUAUACGGGGCGUCAGUGGAGGCGACGAUUGAACGUCUGUUUCUCGUAUUAAACCCCAACGCCGAAGUGGUAUAUGACCCUGAGAAGGAGGAGAAGGCUGCAUUCUUUGCUAAGCAAAGCGAACUUGCUAGGGUCGAAGAAGCCAAGAAAAAGGAGAAAGAGAAAGAAUUAAAAUUGGACGAGACAUUCGUGGAGAAAUUAGUUACACAAAUAAUCAAAAAUGUGCAACUGAAGAUCACAGACAUUCACAUACGUUACGAAGACAGUGUCACGAAUCCUAAAUCGCCGUUCUCAUUUGGUAUCACCCUCCACAACCUCUCUGUCCAUACUACGGACGAAAAUUGGAAACAAACUGUUAUUCAGGACGCUGUUACUAAGAUCUUCAAGAUAUUAAACUUAGAAGGUCUAGCGGUUUACUGGAAUUCAGGCAGAGAGCUUUAUUCGAAAGGCGAUGCGCCAUCCAUUCAGAAGAGGCUUCAGACAGAAAUCGCGACCAAGUCGUUCGUGCCUCCAGACUAUGCUUACACUUUAGGUCCUAUAAAUGCAACAGCGAAGCUAAAACUGAAUCCGAAACCAGAACUGGACGUUCCCAAGUUCAGUAUACCGAAAGUAAUUCUCACUUUGCACAUGGAUCAGCUCUCUGUAAGUUUGACUAAGCUACAAUAUCGAGACAUGAUGCUAUUGGCUGACUCAAUGGACAGAAUGAGCAAAGGCGCUCCUUACAGAAAAUACCGACCACACGUUUUCAAGUACAAAGGAAACUACAAACAAUGGUGGCAUUUCGCCUACACAUGUAUAUUAGAGGAAGAAAUCCGACGUCGCCGAAGAAACUGGCUGUGGAGUCAUAUGAAACAGCACAGGAACCUUUGCAGAGCGUAUGCGGCGGUGUACCGUGCCAAACUCACUAGUAACAAAGGGAAACUUACCCAGGAACAACUGAAGCUUUUAGAGGACUGCGAGAAGACUAUUGAUAUUUUCAAUCUGGUUGUUAUUAGGCAGCAGAUUGAAAUGGAGGUUGAAAGACAAGGCAAGGAAGACGAAGAAGCGCGUAAAGCCCGCGGAUGGUUCAGCGGAUGGUGGUACGGUAGCAGCUCCAAGGAUGAAUCUGGCACUAACGAGAAUGAUAUUAUAAAACAAUUCGAGAAAGCCAUGACACCAGAGGAGAAAGCGAAGCUGUUCCGUGCCAUAGAUUACCAGGAGAACAGUGCACCAUUAUUUUUGCCCACCGAAUACAUAGCGGUGGAGACUCAUUUCAAACUUGAUCGACUGGUUUUGUCGAUCACAGAAUCGCCUUAUUGUGAGGUACUUCAAGCGAGUGUCGAUAUUGUCGAACUGUCUAUGAAGCAGCGCCCUAGUGCCAACGCUAUUAGGGUCGACGUGCAAAUGCGUUCGUUCACGGUAACGGGCGUGCACCAGGAUGACGGCCAGUUUGUGCCUGAGCUCGUCGUCUCCAAGGAGGUUUCGCAAGACGUCAACCUGCUCAACGUCUCCUUUGAAACUAAUCCUUUAGAGGGAGGAUGUGACCAAAAGGUAAAGGUGUCCGCUCAGCCGUUGCAAAUCGUGUACGACGCACAAACGGUCAUUGAAAUUGUCAAUGUGUUCAAGCCGCCUUCAGAUUCUUCAGCGCUCUCCACUUUACAAGCCAAAGCCGAGAACAAACUAUCAGAGAUAAAGGAGAAAUCGGCGCUGGGAAUGCAGUACGCUGUGCAUCAGCACACAUUCAUUGAUAUCGACGUCGACAUUGCCUCCUCCUACAUUAUUAUUCCCCAAUCUGGAAAAUAUAAGGGCGACGAAGCGUGUCUGGUAGUGAAGCUGGGCGCGAUCUCCGUAAGGUCGACGCCGCGCGACAGCUCGCUGGAUGUGCACAAGCUGCACCGCGAGGGCAACGACGACGAGGCCAUCAUGCGCGAGAUCUUUCGACAUAGCUACGACAUCAUCGCGCUCGAACUUACCGACAUGCAGAUCGUAAUAGCGACCAGUAAGGAGGACUGGAGGACGGCGAUAGCAUCGAACACGGCCACUCAUCUCCACAUGCUGCAACCAACCAGUCUCGUCAUAGAUAUCCAGAAAUGCCUCAUCACUGAUGACCCGAGGUUGCCUAAGGUCAAAAUCUGCGGUGAACUCCAGAAGAUUGCAGUCACUAUUUCUGAGGACAGAUUGAUGACGUUAUGCGAAAUUUUGGUCAGCAUGCCGCUACCAAAAUCGGAAGAAACUUAUGUUCUCAAAUCGAGUGAUUCAAAAUCUUCAAGUCUGUCCUUGCUGAAGUACUUAGAACCGUCGGAGAAACAUCGUCGAGAGCAGCCGCCGAUAAAGCGAACUGACGAACAAGGCGUUCAAUUUACCGACCUUGAAGCUUACUUCAUUAUAAAAGAACUGGUACUAAGUGUCAACCAUAAAGAUUUCAUCGAAACAGACCAGAAAUAUGAAAAAUUCCUCGUGUUCUCUUUAAAUUUGCUCGAACUAAGAGUCACCCAAAAGACGUUCACGUUAGAUUGCACUGUGCGUCUUGGAGCAGUGAACAUGAAUCAUCACCGACAAGGAUUCCGGGUGAUACAACUGAUUGAGACACCUGACGUGAAAACUAUUGCUCGCCGUCAAUCAUUGCCUACCGACCUUCACGAGUAUUUGUUCACUAUACGGUAUUGCAAUGUAGACAAGUCGUGUCCCGAGUUCCGAAGCUACCACAGCUCAGUGGAAAAAUUGAUCGAAUUGAACUUCACCACUCUACGGUUGAUGCUCCAUCUCGAAAGUUUAAAAGAAAUAUUGGUCGUCGUCAAUGAGUACCAGACUCGUAUUCAAGCGAUACAGAACUCAGUUGACAGAGUUGCCAGCGCUGGCCCGUUGGAAACUAUAAUGGAAGAUGAAGAAUUUACUACCGGCAAGGUUAAAGUAAACGUCACGCGAGUACAAAAGAAGCAGCAAGUAGAAAGCAUACAACUUAAAAUGAAGGCUAUGGUAGAAGCUAUAGAAUUCGAAUUCGCGACAGACGUGCGUCCCCUAUCUGUGAUCAAGCUAGAAGGUGCAAGCGCAGGACUCAUUGUAAAAUCGUCGUACACUCAAGUAGAUUGCUCGAUGGUUUCAAUUAAUAUCAACGAUUUAAAUGCCAGCAGUCGUCACAUGGAGAUUGUGAAAGUACUGGGCGGUGACAUAAUAGCCGUUCAGUUGAUAAUGUACAACCUGGAUCACGCACAGCCGCGUGACAGCGACGUGAACAUGUCCAUCGACGCGCAGAUCAGCUGCAUGCGAAUCGUCUUCCUCAAUUGGUUCAUCAGUUCCAUGUUGGAAUUCCUUAAUAACUUCCAAGAAGCACAGCAAGCGAUCAUCGAAGCGUCGUCCCAAGCCGCGGACGCCGCUCGCGCCAACGUCCAGAACGCGUACCAAAACUCCACCAAAGUGGCUAUGCGCGUUCGGUUCGCAGCACCCAUUAUCAUCAUUCCAGAGAACAGUUCCAGCAUGAACGCUUUGCUCAUCGAUUUGGGGCGGAUGACCUUGAAUAACAAGUUCGUUGAUAUGCAUGUCGGUGCUCAAAAUGAUGCUAACCAAACAAAUAAAGUGACAGUGGAUGAGUUGACGCUAGAUUUGGAAGACAUGAAAAUAUCCUGCGUGAACCUGGUAAAGGAUAAAGUGGACUACGAAUUCACCAACGAACGAAAGUUGUUACGCCCGACGAGCUUCAAACUGUUCGCUAAACGAAACCUCUCCAUGUGGUACGAACAGUUGCCCGAUUUGGACAUAUCGGGCCGAAUGAAGACUAUUGCUAUAACUGUAGGCCAUAGCGAUUACAAAAGUAUAAUGAAAAUUUUGAACCAAAAUCUCCAAGAAGGCCAGGAAAAAAUGGAAGAGGUAAAAAAGACGGUCACCAAAUUGUCUUCGAAGAGUCAAACUGUGAUGAAGACCAAUGUGAAGGUUCAAUCUCGUACUCCGUCCACCACUGCAGUAGUGACAACUCACACUGAGACAAAACGUGCGAAAACCACUAUUAAAUUCUGUUUCACUAUGGAGAGUUUUGUUAUUGACCUCCUAAGUAGUGUUGAGGAGCUUCCUUCCACGAAAGACGUGGAACUGGCGCGGUUCUGCCUGGCUUUGCUGUCGCUGAAGGGGCGCUUGUUCUCCGAUAACUCGAUAAAUACAUCCGUUCUUCUGGUCGACUGUACACUUGACGACAUGCGACCUGGCAGGGGGACAAAGAUCACUAGAUACUUGGAGCGUCGUCGGCACCAGGUAGCAGAUUCUGAAAUAUCUAAUGACGCGCUACACCAGACGCUCUUCGAAUCUACGAAAGAAGUUGACGUUGCCAAAGAUACACAAGAGAGAAUACGCAGCAUGAUUGAUAUUACGUACACGUUGAAGAACUCUGACACUUUUAUUGAUAUGAGGAUAUCUAGCUUCAAUCUGAUCCUAGCAAUGGAUUUCUUGAACAAGCUAGCCGAUUUUAUGACUACGGGGCUUGAAACUGACCAUGUCAAGAAAGAGGAGAAGAAACCGGUGAUCGAAAAACUGCCCAGCGUCGCCUUAGAUCAGACAAACAAGAAGCCGAUACCGGUCCAACCCGAGAUGGAGGCGCGCUUUAAGCUACGCAAGACAUCGGAGAGCAUGGUGGCGGAAGGCGGCAUCUCGGGGCUGCAGAUGGUGGUGCGCUCCCUGGGCCGCGUAGAGAGCUCCACGCGCUUCUUGCUGGAGCCUACGCAGGUGUCCCUGGCCGUGAGUCAGCCGCCCGACUCCGGCAUGCACGUGGACAUCGCAGUCUCCGAUAUCACCAUCACUGUCUCCCCUGAAACUAUGGCACUCCUGAACCGAGUUCUGGCUACAAUAACAAGCACAGAGGAAGAUGCUACAGUUCUAGAAAACAAACCUGUCAUUUACGAUAACUUGUGGGCGACGAAGGCGUUCAGACCCCAAAGUUAUUGGUUCCUUAGCACAGAUCAAGCGGAAGAAGCGUUUGAAACUCUAGAAAUAGAAGCACAACCAAAGGCACCGGUUGGUGAGAUUUGUCUGCUGUCUAGUCCGUCUAUCGUAAUCUCGUUCGAGAUGGAGGUGGGCCGAGAGACCAUUCCAAUGCUGGUCAUGGCGGCUUCGCUUAGUGGACAAGUUAAAGAUUGGAGUUCUGAUUUCUAUCUGGAGUCGACGUGGGCGAUGCAAGUGUCGUACUACAACAUGGCGUGCGCCGUGUGGGAGCCCUUCGUCGAACCCGUCGAAGUGAUGCGCGAUGCGCAGUACAAGCACGAGCCGUGGGAACUCAAAUUGGAGGUCGUGAUGCGGCAGCCGGAUAUCCGCCAGCAAUCAAUUAACUUAACAGACGAGGCUGCGAACAAUCAAACCGUGGCCCAGCGGCAGGCCACGAAGAGCAUUACCAUCUCCAGCAGUGAACCUCUCGAAAUCACAUGCACGAGAACCGGUAUGGAGGUUCUACAACUACUUAGCAACUCAGUUGCUGCAGCGACCACCGAGCAAGAACCUGCCGUGGCCAAGUCGAAGUCAGGGGAUAUGGAAAAGAAAGAAUUUGAAGGGGCGCCGUAUGUCCUUCACAACUGCACUGGACUGACAGCUAAGCUGUUGCUAAAAGACAACCUUGACUUCACCGUACAUCUGACUAGAGACAUACCGCAAACGUACCAGGAGGUGGUGUUGGAGCCGGGUGCAGCGGUGCCGCUGCAGCUAACGCACGGUGGUUUCUCCGUGCUGCGCCUCAACGAACCGCCGCCGCAGCUCAAGCUUGCUGUCAAGAUUGUAGAAAUGGCGGAAGAUGUUGUUAUACCCGUGGAGAGAGCGGACAAGCGGUAUUUCGCGAUAGGGCAGCACCAUACCAGCUCCAGGUUGGAGAAGAACGUGCCGCUCGUAGCUGCUAUUGAGCCACGGGGCCUUAUCUCGGAAAUUGUUAUGCAAGAUGCCGCCAUGCAUAUCUACCUUCGUAGUAUCGUACAGGUAACGAACCAUUUGUCGGUGAACGUGUCCGUGUACUACAUGACGCUGAGUGGCAAUGAAGUUCGCCUGCUGGGAGACGUGAAACCGGGCGAUAUCCUGCGGCUGCCGUUGCAGGCCGUACACACUCCCACCGCUGAAAUGUUCUUCUCAGUUGAGGGUUUCACGGUAUCUGUUUCGCCUUUCGUUUGGCGAGAAUUACAACAAGAAGUGAAAAUGACUAAGUUAUUGCAAUGCGAUGCGAAGAACAAGAGGAGCGGCGAGAAAUUCUAUUUAAAGGCAAUAGGUACAAUGGAGCAAGUAUUCUUCGAGCACACGAACCGCCACACGUUCGCUUCAUCUUGCUACGACAUCGUUCUGAAACCGGCAGUGCGACUGCAAAACUGUCUGCCCGUGCCUAUAGUCGUCUCGCAAUUGGGAUUGACGAGAACAAAGCUCUUCGAGCCAGGAGAAAUGUUCCAUUUGUCUCAUUUGGCGCCAAAUAGAGCGUCAAUUGUUGUUAUGAUACAAAAUUACCUAGACAAAUGCUGGGUAUGCACCAAGAACCUACCUGACGAGGAGACAGAGUUAUCAGUGUGGUCGUUCGAGUCCCACGACAGUCCGUCAGUUAUGACUUUGGACCUGGGCAUGCAUAGCAUCGAUAAGGAUGGAACGCAAGGGUUGUCGCUUUAUUGUCCGUUUUGGAUGCUGAACAAGACUGGUUUCACACUUUGCUACAGAAAAUCAAAGAAAAAUGAAAAAGACUCCGGCUCUCCCAACAAGAACGCCGAAGAGGCCGGCAACGUGAUAUUCCACCCGAAAGACUACCUGGAACCGAUACUGUUCUCUUUUCGCGCGAAGAACUUCUACGGUAAGAAGAAGGCGGCUAUUCGAAUUGAGUUCGGCGAGUGGUCUGACAAGUUUCCGCUUGACGUGCCUGGCAGCUCCGGUGUAGUCACUUGCACUUGUGACAACAGGAUAUACCAGGUGGCGGUAACAAAUCAGCUGACGUUCAACAGUUUAACAAAGAUGGUGAUAUUCACUCCGUUUUAUCUGAUCAUCAACGAGGCGCCUUUCGCGAUUCAAUACCAGGAAUUGCAUAGAAGCGGUGACCCUUGGCAGACGGUCGAGGAGAACUCGAGCGCGCCGCUGUGGCCGGUGGUCGAGACGGAAGAGAAACUACUGCUCCUGCGCGUCGCAUGCACGCGCGACACCAGCGCUCCCUUCCUGUACACCGAGCAGCACAGCACCUGCCUUAAGCUCAACAACGAGUUCGGCGGUUUACACGUGGAAGUGCAGACGAGGGAAGGUGGCACUUACAUCACAGUGCGGCAGUACCGCGACGGCCAUGCGCCUGCGCUGCUCGUCAAUUUCACUCCGCACACCAUCACAGUCUACGAGAAGGAGAACGUCAAUGUCAAGAAAUUACCGUCAAUGUACCAAAUGCUGUUCACGUGGGAUAACCCUGCCGGGCCACAGAUAUUAAUAUUCGCAGCGCAUAACAGGAAAGAAAUCGAGAACGACCUAAGGAAAGACGGCAUCGGCAACUUUGCGCUCGACGAAACCUACAAAGUUUACUGGGUAUCGUUUCUGGAUGGGCUUCAACGAGUGAUACUGUUCACCGACGACCCGAUACUUGCGAGCGGAGCGCACACCAUCGGAGAGGCAGAGAAGAUCGACACGGAGAUAUUGGUCUCUAUGCAGGGCUUGGGCGUCUCCCUUGUCAACGAUUUGGAAAAACAGGAGAUUGUCUAUAUCAGCAUUUCUAAUUCUGGCAUAAUUUGGGAACAAUGUAAGAUCGGUGCGCGGCGUUACAAGAAGAUCGAAGGCGUCAAACUAGCGCAGUACGAGGAUGCCUAUCAGCGCUAUAUGAACGAAAAGCUCGUCAACCUGACGCCGCCGUCGCCUAUCGUGCAUAUCGAUGAAAAGAUUGAAGUGAACUUCGAGGAGAUGCGCGUGGUGAAGCCGUCGCCGCGGUACCUGCGGCGCACCCUGGAGCCGGGCCUGUGGGCGUCGUACGGCAUGUCGGCGCACUCGCGGCGCAUACACGCGCGCCUGCACCGCCUGCAGGUGGACCAGCAGCUGCCGUUGCCCACCUUCCCCGUCGUGCUGGCGCCCGUGCCGCCGCCCCGGUCCAUCGCCAACGCCGACCCCUGUGGUGUAAAGCCAUUCAUAGAAGUAUCAAUUGUUGAACGCACGAUGGAACAGAGCAAAGUGCGGCAGUACAAAUACUACAAGGUGCUCAUCCAGGAGUUCCAUGUCAAGGUCGACAUGGGGCUGAUCAACGCUCUCAUGGGCAUGUUCCCGCAGCGUAUACUCAAUGAGGAAGAAGCGCUGGAAGCGUUUCAACAAGAUUUGAAGACGGCAAACCAGCCGCUAGAUGACGUGGCGGCAUCGGGCGUCGCCUCUGAUCUGAAGAACUUCUACGAUAAUCUGCAUUUGUCUCCGCUCAAGGUUCACGUGUCGUUCUCCCUUGGUAGUGCGACUAAUCUGCCAUCGUUCGUGGGCACGGUCCUGCAGAGCAUAGGGGUCACGCUCACCGACAUGAACGACGUCGUUUUCAAAUUAUCAUACUACGAGCGAAACUACGAGUUCUUGUCCCAAAAGGAGCUGAAGAAUCAAGUGCAAAGUCAUUACACGGGACAAGCGUUGAAGCAGCUGUACGUUUUGGUGCUGGGGCUUGAUGUCAUCGGAAACCCUUACGGCCUUGUCAUUGGGUUGAAGAAGGGAGUUGAGGACUUGUUCUACGAGCCCUUCCAGGGAGCGAUCCAAGGCCCCGGCGAGUUCGCGGAAGGGCUGUUCCUGGGCGUGCGCUCGCUGGUGGGGCACACAGUGGGCGGCGCGGCCGGCGCCGUCUCACGGAUCACCGGUGCCAUGGGCCACGGCCUCGCCGCGCUCUCGCUCGACAAGGACUACCAACGUCGCCGCCGUGACAACAUCAACAAGACCCCUGCCAACCUGCAGGAGGGAAUAGCGAGGAGUGGCAAAGGUCUUGUCAUGGGAGUCGUAGACGGCGUGACGGGCGUGUUCACCAAACCCGUGGAGGGCGCUCGCGAAGAGGGCGUGGGAGGGUUUUUCAAAGGGCUCGGCCGCGGCGCCGUAGGGCUGGUCGCCAGACCCACUACUGGGGUCGUGGACUUCGCUAGCGGCUCCUUCAACGCCGUCAAGAGAGGACACGAGACGAGGAGCCCUUCAUCCCUUUCAACUUGCUUCAUUCCUCAUUUCACCUCCUCCUACCCCCAUCUCCGUCAGGGCUUAGUGAACGGAGUGACAGGCGUGGUAGUGCGUCCUUUACAAGGCGCGCAGCAAAGCGGCGCUCCAGGGUUCAUUAAGGGACUGGGCCAAGGUGCCGUCGGGCUCGUCGUGCGACCUGUUGGCGGCGUCGUCGACUUCACCUACGGACUCCUCACUUCUGUUAAGAGGGCCGCAGACCUGUCAGAGGAAGUGACAAAGCGCCGCGCCGCUCGGUACCUGCCGCUCGACUCCGGGGUGAGGCCCUACUCGCGGCUGCAGGCUGAAGGGUACAAGAUGCUUUUUGAGCUCGAAAAGGGUAAAUACUUAUCGACGGAUAGCUACGAGGGUCACGUGUGGGUGAUCCCCGGCAAGGAAGUGGUGUUAUGCACGGACAAGCGCAUCCUCUAUCUCGAGAAGAACAACGUCUUCGGUGGAUGGCAGGUCGGUUUCUUGUACCUCAUUUCUCUCAUAAAGGCGCAUGUCCACGCUAAGAAAAAUCGCCGGGUUGACUCCAUGUUUGCAGUCGAUCACGGCAGCAUGAAGUCUGCAUGCAGUUAA